UCUUGCUCUGCUAAGGGCGGGAGGGAUGUUCUGGUGUGAGACAGUUGUAUCUCUGUGGGGAGGGGGUUUGGGCUCAGGGACUGUGGGCAACAGCUCACCCUGACGGCAUGGAGCCAGCCCGAGCUUAAUAAAGGUUGCUGCGUAAACAAAGGUUGUCGUAGAUAAAGGGUGGGGGCGGGGCACACAGUUGCAGUGGGUGCUCGCGCUGCGGAGCUGCCAUAAGAGUUCCGGCUCUCAUUGGCGCCGGAGCCUCUGGACAUUAUGUCCCUACUGCGACUGUGGACCCCACGGGUCCUUCUCACGGAGCAAUUGUUGUGGCUGCUGAUACAGGCAGCUGCUAUUUGGAGGUGGCCCCCUGACAGGGUCCAGCCUACCUCCGAAUCCCCAGGGCCAAAAGAGCCCUGGUCUUCCCUCUCUUCGGAUCUCUCACCCGAAUCCCCUCAUGUGCCUACACCCCCAGCAGAUCCUGGGGACUUUGAUUACCUGGGGUCUUCUGCUCCUUCCCACUUGUUGGCUUCACCUCAGGAGUUGCCUGAGAAUUUGGCUCCAUUCCCGGACACGGAUUCAGCUCAAGAGCUACCUCAAGGGCCAGAUAGGGUUACUAUUCUACGUCGUCGGCUUCUGAGGAAUAAGCUAAGGAGACGACGAAGCCCUCCAGAGGUGGUUCCAACGCCCGGUUGGGAUCAGAACCCAGUCCUAACUCUGCGUCCUCAACUCAUAAGGAAGAUUCAAACUGUAAGUCCAGAUGAGGUUACAGCUCACCAGGCAUUUGAAAUACUUGUUCCACCUCUAGAUAGUCACAGUUCAAAACCAACAACAUUCAUUGUUUCACCAAAGAACCUGAAGGAAGAUCUAGCUCAACAUCCACAGCUCACUAAAGUUGUUGGAGCUCUAGACCAAUUUGAAUCAAAAUCUCGGUCUUACAAACAAAUUCUGCAGAAUGACGAUUAUACAGAUCAAAGUAUGGAUUUACUUUACCCUGGCAGCAUACCUCUGGGAUUUGUGAGAAACCCAGAGGUGGCUCAAGAGGCCCGUGCACAAGGUGAACUUUCUCAGUUCAAUGUAAAAGAUGAAAGUCGAAAUCCAGAGACCCCUGAGGAGAUCCCAUCCUCUUUACUCCAUCAAGAAACCCUAGAAGAGUACCCUGAGGAAGUAGAACCUUUAACUGAGCAGCAGGCCUCAGCUCAGGCUCCACAGCCUUUUGAGCAGGUAGAACCUUCUUUAACAGAGCAGGAGACCUCAGCUCAGCAGCCAACUAAUACUGACGAGGAUGUGUCUCAGCCAGUGAUACAUCAUGAGGUAAAUGUUCCAUCUCAAACUCGGGCUGAAUUUAUCAUUUAG